AUGACUACUACAAACAAGGGAAACAAAGCCUUGAAGGUGAAGAAGGAGCCAGGGGAGAAUGGGACCAGCCUCACGGACGACGAACUGGUGACCAUGUCUGUCCGGGAGCUCAACGCUCACCUCCGCGGCCUCACCAAGGACGAAAUCCUGCAGCUCAAGCAGCGGCGGCGCACCCUGAAGAACCGUGGCUACGCCGCCAGCUGCCGCGUCAAGCGGGUCACCCAGAAGGAGGAGCUAGAGAAGCAGAAGACGGCGCUGCAGCUGGAGGUGGACAAGCUGGCCACAGAGAACGCCACCAUGAAGGUGGAGCUGGACUCGCUGCGCUCCAAGUACGAGGCCCUGCAGAGCUUCGCCAGGACUGUGGCGCGCAGCCCGGCCGUAGCCUUAACCCCAGGGGGUCGGGGGGUCAUGGGGCCCCUGGUCCCUGGGAAGGUGGCCACGGCCACCAGCGUCAUCACCAUCAUCAAGUCCAAGACGGGAGCCAAGUCGUAG